CAGAACAGGCACCCACCACAACGCAUCGCCAGCUGGCUGAGAGGCUCUCAGGCUUUCAAGCGCACAGGCUGUGUGGCCAGUAAAUACAAAAACCCCCCAACGUAAAGCAAUCGAAACCUGUGACCACUUGUCACACAUGCUUGGUAGAAAGUAACCCAAAGUGCCAGUGACAGUUCUGGGUAUUGUGUUGGGUACUGCGGGGAUACGUCUCGAGAGCCACCACUCCUAAGCGCCGGCUGGGGCAUCGAAUGGUAAAGGACUUCGCGUGUGCGUGUUUCAAUUUCGUGGCACUACUAAAACCGAUACAAAAACUCCAUCUAUGUGAGAACUGACUUGUGAAGGGGGCCUGUGCCUGUGCCUGUGAGGCGGCGGCGUCUUGUACGUGUUCACGCUGCUCUGCUGGCCAAAACGAAAAAAAAACCAAAACGUGCGGCAAAUUGUGGCCAGUUGGCGGCAGCAACUGCUGCUAGGCGGGGAAAUCACAAAAAAAAAACCAAGAAGAAAGAAAUUCCAAUUUAACAAAUCGAUUUCGGGGCUUUUUUAUAGUCCAAGGCGGACAGUCGUAUAAAUAGAGCCAGUGACAGGCUAAUGACAAAUUAAAUUGUUUGGACAGACAGCAGGAACAAAAAUAAAAAAUACAAAGAAAAAGCAGCCGCAGGCAUUAAAAAAUUACGAAGCGCGCGCGUGUGAAAACUUUGAGCUGCUAUCAGCCAAAACAACAGUAACAAUAAACUGCGAUAAAAGCAACAAAAACAAACGGAAAAAGUUUCUUUAUUUUUUGGGUUUUAUUCGAAACGCCCAGCGCCACAUUGCCACACGGCCACAGGACGACCAUCAAACAGCAGAACGCAAAUCAAGAACGACAAUGACGGCGUCGCGGCUCUCGGGCUCAUCCUGCUGCGGCACAAUGGCCCCUGGCCCUCGUCCUGGCCUCCAUCGUCAGAUCCGGACGCAUCGCGCGUGUUGAGCAAUUUCCCCGGCGACGACUGUUGUGCGCUUGAGCAUUGAAUCGAGACACUGCGAGCAAACUCAAACAGAGACACGUACCGGAAGAGGUGCCCCCGAGAAGAUUGGGCAAUGGCGUGCAGGAGCACCGCUGUAACUCUGGGCAAACACUCCGACUCUGACCCGGAACAAUGCUGUAGAAUGAGGACGAAGUUCGGUCCGUUCGUUUGCAUUGCAGAUUGCAAUUAUUCGCGUUUUAAAUUACGCGCAUAGUUGGGCAAAGAUAAACUUGGCAGCACAGCAACGACGACGGGAAAUCAUUAUGAGCAUCAGAGCAACGUAAAGGACUUUAAUAAGCCACGUUUUAAUCAGAGUUCCGAGCGUUAAGUGACCGCGAAAUGAGCGACAUGUCAAGGACCAAAGUUUCUGAUUUCCUCAGCACCAUCAGCAGCAGCAGCAGCAACAGCAGCAGCAGCACUGCCAUUAGCCAAGCGCCGACGACAAUGACAUUAGCUGCAACAUCAUCAGCAGCAGCAGCAACAACAGCAGCAACAGCAGCAACAGCAACAGUGACUGCGACGAGCAGGCCCACUAAAUCGAUUGCAACAUUCGUGGCCGGUAGCGCUGCCUUUAAUGCCACAGUCACAACGACAGCCACAGCCUCAAAGAGUAGCAACCUUUUGCUAACAGCCUCCACAUCUACAACGACGACAACGACUUUGCCUACAACAUCACAAUUUGUGGAUGCCUCGUUGACAUCGCUUUCAUUAACAGCCACAUCGACAGCUUCAAUAACAUCCUCGUCCGCUGGAGCUGGAGCUGCAGCUGCCACUGGCACUGGCACAGCAGCCCUGUGGUCCUCCGAGUCCCCGUUUGAGCUGUUCCCAACAGUUGGGACAAACAUAACAAACAACAUCAGCAGCAUCCUCGAACAGGGCGAGGGAGAGCUGGAAGACAGCUGGGUGGAUCUAUCGGUGCUACUGUUAAAGGGAUUCAUCUUCUCGUCAAUUAUCCUGGCCGCAGUGCUGGGCAAUGCAUUGGUCAUCAUCUCCGUGCAGCGCAAUCGUAAGCUGAGGGUGAUAACCAAUUACUUUGUGGUGUCGCUGGCCAUGGCGGACAUGUUGGUGGCCCUCUGUGCGAUGACAUUCAACGCGUCCGUGGAGCUGUCCGGCGGCAAGUGGAUGUUCGGGCCGUUCAUGUGCAACGUGUACAACAGCCUGGAUGUUUACUUUUCCACGGCAAGCAUACUGCAUCUAUGCUGCAUAUCCGUCGACAGAUACUAUGCCAUUGUGCGUCCGCUGGAGUAUCCAUUGAAUAUGACACACAAAACGGUAUGCUUUAUGCUGGCCAAUGUCUGGAUACUGCCCGCCCUCAUCUCGUUCACGCCCAUCUUCCUGGGCUGGUACACGACGGAGGAACAUCUGCGGGAGCUCUCGCUGCACCCGGACCAGUGCUCAUUUGUGGUUAACAAGCCCUACGCCCUCAUCUCCAGUUCGGUGAGCUUCUGGAUACCCGGCAUUGUGAUGCUCGUGAUGUAUUGGCGCAUUUUCAAGGAGGCUGUACGCCAGCGCAAGGCCCUCAGCCGCACCAGCUCCAACAUCCUGCUGAACAGCGUGCACAUGGGCCACACCCAGCAGCCCACCAACCUGAGCUAUCUGCAUCCCAGCGACUGCGAUCUCAAUGUGGCAUCCACGCGUGAGGAGACGCACAGUGCACUGAGCAACUUGGAGGACAUGCUGCAGCCGGCCACGGAUGAGGACGACGACAAGGACGAGUGCGAUGAACUGCGCGUGCCGUCACCACCGCCGCGGCGCCUCAGCCGCAGCAGCAUCGAUCUGCGUGACCUGGAACAGGAGCGCUACGAAAAGGUCACCCACACGGACAGCGCCCCCUCGAUGAUGGCGCUGCAGCAGCAGCCCUUGCACACCCACACCCACACCCUAAACCAGCUGCAGCCGCCAGCGCCUGUGUUCAAUCCUCAGAUAUGGACGGAAUCCUUUCCGACCACAAAAAUUACCCAAGUGGAGGGCCAGGAGCUGCAGCCGGAGGAGCAGGAGCAGCCGGAGCAGGAGCAGCCGCAGCAUCCGGCGCCACCGCAGCAGCAGCUGAGCCUGACGAGCGGCAGUGGCAACAGCGAACCGGAGCCCGAGUCCACGGACUACCGGGUCUUCGGGCUGUACAGCGACGAGAGCGAGAGCAAUGACCACUAUGACACGCACCUGCCGCUGGCCGAGGACAACAAGGAGCUGAAACGCCUCAUCGAGGACAACUAUCUGUACUUCAAGAAGCAGACGGGGGGCACCGUCAUCAGUGCCCCAGGAGGCGGCAAGUACGCCGCCCUCAGCGAGACGGACUUCAUCAGGCUGAAGGCGGGUGCGGCGGCCUGUGGGCGCAAGGCGAUCGCCGCCAGCGACUCGGAAUUUCUGCGCACGAUCAGCGAGGCCAGGGCCAGCACGGAACAGCAGCGGCAGCAGCAGCAGCAACAGCAGUUGCCCGGCAAGGAGAAGGGCUUCAACUUCCUCUCGCUGCUGGCCAAGACGAAGCGCUCCAGUGCCGAAUGCUUCGCCCUGGAGCGGAAGCGGAACCAGGCCACCUCGGAGGGGUCCAGCUUCUUCCGGCGCGCCCGCAACCGGAAGCUCUCGCACAGCUACAACGGAAGCGCUGGCGGCGGUAGCGGUGGCGGCAAGGAACGCAAACUUGAGCGACGCCCGCGACAGCACAGCGACACCGACUCGACGCCCAACAAGCCGGACAUCCUGCUGGACAUCAACGUGCUCAGCGAGCAGAGCGGUGCCUGCGUCAUCCAGCAGUUCAGCGAUGGCGUGCAGCUGAUCGACUUCAGCGGCGACACUGACGGACUCGGCCUCGCCCUCGGCCACGGCCACGGCAUCGGCCCGGGAGACGAGCUGGCCCAGCUGGCUGACUGCUUUGGGGAGUCCCCCAAGCAUCCGGCCACGCCGCCGCCCUCCCUGUCGCCGCCCGAGCUGCCCGAGCAGAGCGGCAUGCUGAUUGCCAAUAGCGCGGAGCUGGCCGAGAUCUUCCGCUCGCUCAGCUUUCCGCUGGGCGAACAGGGUCGCAGCAGCGUCGGCUCCAGGCGCCAGGCGGCGGCACCCCAGCGAAUGAGCACGCUGAGCGAUCAGGUGUGCGCCAACUAUCUGAUGUCCCCACCGAACACACCGACCCCCGCCACGGCUUCCAAUGGCAGUGCCCUGGGCUCGCACUCCAACUCCAACUCGCAGUCGGCGUCCAUCAAUGUGUACUUCCUGUCGCCGCCGCCGCCGCAUGCGACCGGACCUGGCUAUACGCCAAGCGACACAUCGACGGUAUCGCUGGAUGUGGUCACCACGUUGCCAGUGCCGCAGCCCACCCCCCAGCCGCUGUCUGCUGUGUCCAACCAUCCAACCAACCAGCAGCAGCAGCCCCUCAACAUAUCCACAAAGCCAGAAAUCAUUCUCGACUCCACGCUCUCGCCCGUGGAGGGCGGUGACGGUGGCGAUGGCCUCGGCGGUGAGCACAGGGAUGUCACGUCGCCGCUGUUCAAGCGCAAAGAUAGCUCUGGAGAUGCGGAUGUAAGCGUUUCCGGCGGCCGUCAACGAUGCAGCAUCCUGGCCGGCUACGAUGGCCUGCAGGCCGUGAGGAAGCGACAGGCCUCCGUGGUGACCUAUGACGUAAAUGUCAUCAAUUUCUCGCAGGAUAACAGCGACAGUCGCAGCUACAUUCCCAUGGGUCGCGUCUCCACCAGUUCAGCAAAGCACGAAUUUUCCAAUAAAUCCUCGCUCAUCCGACGCGGUGGCAUCUGCAUCUUUGUGGAUGAGGAGGAGGCCGAGAUCAGUGAUCAGAAGCCGCGCGGCAUCAAGUUUGCCCCGGUGUCCAGCCCGCUGCCCAAGUGUCCGCUCUGUGGGAGCGAUAUCAGCACCGCGAACGCCACAGCCACAGCCGCCAAUGCCACCGCCACAGCCAACACCACAAGCAACUCCACUGACACCACCGCCAAUGCAAGUAGUAAACGUAGUAGUCACGCCCAAGCUCCAGAUUUGGAGCCACAGGAGCCCACACGCUUCUGGCACAAACGUACGGCGGCGGUCACGGCAUGCUGGCAGCAGAGGCAGCGCCAUCGGAAGCGCCGCUCCAAAGCCGGAUGCAGUCACUGUGGUGCAACCGGCGGCUCUGUGCGGCCGGCAAAGGGAUGGAAGGCCGAGCACAAGGCCGCACGAACUUUGGGCAUCAUCAUGGGCGUCUUUCUGCUCUGCUGGCUGCCCUUCUUCCUAUGGUAUGUCAUCACCUCGCUGUGCGGUGCGGCCUGCCCCUGUCCCGAUGUCGUUGUGGUGGUGCUCUUCUGGAUCGGUUACUUCAACUCGACGCUGAAUCCGCUUAUCUAUGCCUACUUUAAUCGGGAUUUCCGUGAGGCGUUUCGCAAUACGCUCGAGUGUGUGCUACCUUGUCUGGAGAAGCGAAAUCCCUACAAUGCGUACUACGUCUAGACCGGAUAUACUACCCAACCCCUGCCCCAAAUUCAAUAUUGAACAAUGCCCCCGUUAGUGAUAUUUAAUACUUGAGAAACUCGUAAUACCAAAGAAAAUAAGCAAGGAAUAACCGAAAAGGCGUUCGUUCGUGCAAGCAUCUCUAGCUAGUAAAAUCCUUCGAGCUAAGCAAUACUCAAUGUGUGUUUCUGUAUACGUGUAAUUUUUCAUUUAAGCAACGAUAGGGAAUUAAAUUAAAUUUAUGUUCUGUGCGCCCCACUCGUACGGGGAGCGUACAGGGAGAGCGCCGCUGCCCCAGAACUACACUAAACAUAAUAAAUAUAUAUAUAACUGUUGUUGUCUCAAGAACAAGAUAUACGUAAACAUACAAAUAUACAUAUACAUACAUAUAUACGAUAUAGGAAAGUCAAGCAAUUGGAAAUAGAUAGCUUACACAUACAUGUACGAGUAUGUAUGAGCACAGACUCCAGAGUUCAAGUAAAUACGAGUACGAGUAUAUUUAAGAAUCAACGAUUGUCUCUUCGGCGUUUCGAAGGGUUUACACUUUUUGCUGGAAAUGUCUCAUAUCUUAAAUAUCUUCCUGAUAUUUCCCAUUUCAUAUGUACGAUUAUUUCAAUACCAAAUUUUAAUUAUAUUAUUGUUUUUGUUUGGGUUUAUUAUUAAAGCUGCAAAAUCUCUCUUUAUUCGGUAUGCAGCGCACCCAAAUAUCUUUGGUAUACAGUCCCUUCCAAGCCCCAAGUUAAUCCAAAAAAAUAAUAGAAUAAAUCCCAAGUACUUAUGUACAAGACAAACCCCCCUCUUACAAUCCAAUUCAAUAUUUCCAAGAAAGAGUGUAAACCUUAUAAUAUGUAAUACACAUUAAGCAUUAAGUAUCAUAUAUUUAUAAUCUAGUGUUACGUCUACUAGCAAACCAAAUCUACAUACUCGAAUUAAAACGAAAUUGAGAAUUAAAUUAUACAAAUUAUUCAAUUGAAAUGAUGUAAACAAAAACAAAAAACAAAAAAACAAAAGGAUAAUGUGAACAAAACGUGUACGUUAAUGCUUUGAAUUUUCGAGCAGAAUGACAAUCUACCAAAAAGUAAAAGAAAAAAGAAACAAAACAAAGCAAAGCAAAGAAAGGAAAUGAAUCUUCAAGUAAGAACAACAAAAAUUGACAAGCUGUAGAAAAUUCACUGUAAAAUCGAUUUAGUUUAGUUUUACUUUACUUGUACUUAAAUUUGGUUGCCGGGAAAUCCCCACUCUUGAGUUGAGAAGACUUUUGUGAUAGCAAAGGAAAUUGAUUGUAUUUCUAGUUGAAUUGGUUUACAAAAACGUUUCUUGUCUAAGAUAAAGCAUCCCGUACAUAACGAGUAACCUAACGAGUAUCUAUGUACUUAUGUGUAUGAUGUAUGUGCGUGUGUGUGUGUGUGCGUGUAUGUUGCUAUGUAUGUAUUUCCAUGUACUUGCUGAACUAUGUAAACUAUUGCAUAUUAAAGUGUGAAACUAAAGUGUUUUGAAAACAAUUGAAAGCGGCGUGUU